UCCAAAAUGAGACCUCGAGGCAAUGAAAGUCCUGAUAAAGGUGCUGCUGUUCCUAAAUUCGGUGACUGGAAUGAGAAUGACCCUGCACCAGCUGAUGGUUAUACUCACAUUUUCAACAAAGUGAUAGAAGAAAGGAACAGCGGUGGAAGAGUACCAGGCACUGGAUCUGAACAAUCUUCGUAUCCGACUGAUCGAAAACUCACCAAUAACAGCUCUAAGGGUUGCUGCUUUCCAUGGCUCAGCAAAUGAGGCCCAUGAAUAUGUGAAUGUAUAUUGUAUUUUGUGGAGUGUGGAACUUUGCAAAUGCAUGAAGUUUCAUUUAUGAUUUAUUACGUUUUUAUUUGCCCGCACAGGUUAUUUUUAAUUUUA